UUUUCUUCUCUCUGUAAAAAAAAAAAAAAAAUGCCUCGUUACUUUCUGCAACAUGGUCAGUCCUCCUGGAUGGAGAUGCAUCAGUUCAUCGGUGACCUUGUCUCAUCUGGAAACAGCUCAAAGAAUCAGCCUGAUGUGCUGAACGCAGCAUGGGGCGUUGUCGACGUCGGUGCUGAGGGCGCCAGUGAGGCAGUAGGGUUCAGGGGUCCUUUACUUGGAUAAACCAACUCAGAGAAGCCAGAGACAGAGCCUGUUAAAGAGAUCCAGACUGCAGCAUCACAGAACAAAAGAGAGACGAGACUUAUUAGAAAAGAUGUGCAUUCUGCCUGCACCUGCCCUGGCUGCCCAUACUCCACUUUUCCACUUUCAUCUGAGACAUUAAAACCCAGACAAUCUUUGGCCUCUAGCAGCUCUGCUCCAAUGAGCCUCAGUAUUCGCUUACCAGACACUGAACCAAGCAGCACCUCUAUAUCCGAGCUAGAGACCAGACCAUCCUGCCGCCCCAACAGAAAGGAGGCAGACAAAGAACAUCCAGCAACAUCCUCAGACUUACCUCCCACUAGAGCUGAGCCUGGCUCCUCAUCCCACUUCUCCAUGUUUCCCUGUCUGUGUUGCCAUCACAGCCUCCAAACCUGCAGCAAGGUGCUGAGCCACCAUGAAGGCUCAGUAGAUUCUCAAUUUUCUCACACCCAUGCCCAUCAUCAUUUUCACCAUCACCACUGUCCAUUAACCUCUUGUUUACCCUGCCCUCAGCUCUCUAGCCCUUUUCCAUGCCUGUCUUGCCAGCGCUCCUUUCCUAACUGUUCUCAGUUGAGCAACCAUCAGCACAGACAAACUCACAUUCAACAACAGGAGGAAAGAGGCAGGGCAGUGUCGACCAUGUUUUCACAGCAUCCCUGUAUGCACUGCUCUGCCUCUUUUUCCAGACCGUCACAGUUGCUGCAGCAUCAGCGCGCCGAGCACGCCCACAAACAAUCUGGCUUCCUUUGCACAGAGUGCGGCAGGGCCUUUAACUCGCACAGCAACCUCCGCAUUCACCUCAAUGUGCACACUGGAGCCCGGCCUUACUCCUGCUCUGACUGCGGGAAGAGUUUCAGCCAGUCGGGGGCUCUGAAGAUCCACAGGCGGAUUCACACAGGUGAAAGGCCAUAUUCCUGUCGAUUUUGUGGCAGGGGUUUCCCCCAUCUUGCAGGGGUCCGUGCCCAUCAGAGGACCCACACAGGAGAGAAACCCUACCGCUGUAGCCAUUGUGGGAAAUGCUUCACUCAGUCAGGAGCUCUUAAGAUCCAUACCCGUAUCCACACAGGAGAGAGGCCCUUUAUCUGCAGCAUCUGUGGGAAGGGCUUUUCCAAUCGCUCUGGGAUCCGCUUCCACUACCGCACAGUCCACGGGCUGGCACCUGAACAUGCUGGAGAAGCUGGACCUGGUCAUGGUUUUCCUCUUGGGCGUCCAAAGACUUUUCCUCAAGCCACCAUUGGCCUAAAUACCCCCAACAACCUCGGUUGUAACAUGCAUGCAGCUUCAAAUAUCACAGAUUCCCCUGGUCGUCCCGGACUGGCCCCUCUUGUGGGGAAUGAGAGCAAAUCUCAGUCAGAGACAUCAUCAAACCCAGGCAGUAACCGAGAGGCGCUCCUGUACACAUGUGAAGAUUGUGGCCUGCGUUUUAAGGAUGCACCUUCCAGGAACAGACACCAGACUCUGAUGCACUACUCCUCCGAGGGCAGAGAUGAGGAGGAGGUCCAGAGGAAGGACUUUAGCACAAAUGAGAGGGUCUGCGCUGACAGUGGAGAGUGAAAUCAUUACAAAAAACUGAAUUUAGGAAUAAACCAGGAUCAUUGCUUAAAACAUUAAGUGUUGUAAACUACCUGUGUAAAAAUAUAUAUUCUGUAUUUAGGCUCCUUUCAAGUUGAAUAAGCUUUGAUGUUAUUAUUUUUUUUAAAGUUGUUCCUUCAGUUUUUCCCCCAUUACAAACAGCCUGUUUUUGGAAAUACAUCACUACCUGUGUUUUAGUCCGUUGAUAAUGACCUAACUACCUUACUGCCGCAGUCAAACUUCAGUUUGUUAUCAAAGUUGUUUUAUUGUGCUGUAUUCAGCCGUGGAGAACAUGGAACAAAUGUGACAUCAUGAAGGAUUUUUAGAAGAUACACAUUUUUGAGGGUCUUUUCUUAACAUUUAUAGACGUAAUAGAAAAAAUUACAAUCGUAUGUCUUAUCAUAUAUUCCUUUUCGUAUUUACAUUUCUAAGAAUCAGUGUAAACAACACCAGUUCUUUAUUAUUACUGUUUUUUAGGGAUUUUGUGUUCCAGACCUGUAAUUAAAAAAAUAAAUCACAGAACCUUGAAUGGAAUAAUAGAAAGUAAAGUGGCAAAGGCAUAAAAAAAUAACAUCACUGCCACACACUAGAAUUGUUUUUAAAAAUUGAUUUUACACAAUAAUCUCCCUUUUCCAUACUGAUGGCAAGAACAGCUCUGAGGUUGGUUGAGGUAUCUGUGUCUUGUAGGAUACUUCAAGGAUACUGCAGUGGUCUGAAUCCCAGGAGCUUUGUUCCAUAUGAAGGAAAGUCCUUCACCGUGUACACAGCUUCACCUUGUCUGCUGUCUUUUCUUAAAAACAGUAUUUGUUAUGUUAAAUUAGAUGAAAAUGAUCUAAAGAAUUAGAAUCAGCAGACAAAUAAUGGCAUUACUGUGACAGGUAUACAGCUCAAGAGAGCCCCCUAGUGGUCAUGCACAACCUCUGAAACAAUUACAACCACUUAAGUUACUUUGUACCAUUUAUAGUGCUUUAUAAAAGUUGUUUUAAUAUGUUGAAAUUAUACAUUAUAAAUACAAUGUUUUGUGAGGACAAGUAACAUAUUCAGUAGGUUUUCUUUUCACUUAACUGUUAAGUAGGUCAAAACAUACGUGUAUGUUUUCUGAAAGUGCAGCUUGUGAUAAAACAUUUCAUUAAUAAACUGAA